CGCGGAUCCAGGAGCGGUGCUGCGAAGCCCGUGUGGCUGUACGCAAGGGCCACCCCCGCCCCCGUCUCGGCUCUGCCCCGCCAGCUCGCCCCGUCGAGGAUCGGCUCAUACACGCUGCCAACUGUCUCCGGCGCGGCACGCACUUCUUCCCGAGUACCCGCUAGUGCAGCUACAGCAGUUCCCUUGCCAGCAUCAUGGACUACGAAAACGAUCCCGGAUGGCGAUAUUUGCGCCAAUCGCGAGAUGAUAUGCUUAAGGACCAAAGCAAACCCUACGACUCAAAGAAGAACUGCUGGGUUCCGGAUGAGGAAGAAGGCUAUGCAGAGGCCGUCAUCGUCAAAAAAGACGGUAACAUGGUUACCGUAACAGUUGGUAUGGGCGCUGAGAAAACGUUCAAGGCGGAGCUGAUCCAAGAGAUGAAUCCUCCAAAAUUCGAAAAAACCGAGGACAUGUCCAAUUUGACAUUCCUUAACGACGCUUCUGUACUACAUAAUCUUCGAGCACGAUACUCAUCUAUGCUUAUUUACACUUACUCCGGUCUCUUCUGUGUUGUAAUCAAUCCCUACAAAAGACUGCCGAUCUAUACCGAUUCCGUUGCCCAGAUGUUCAUGGGAAAGCGAAAGACGGAAAUGCCACCCCAUUUGUUUGCCGUAUCCGAUGAAGCCUACCGUAAUAUGCUUAUCAAUAAGGAAAACCAAUCUAUGCUUAUCACUGGCGAAUCUGGAGCCGGAAAGACUGAGAACACAAAGAAAGUAAUUUCCUACUUUGCCGCUGUCGGUGCCUCUCAACAAGAUAUGUUUGGCAAAAAAGAAGAAACGAAACCAGAUGUCAAAAAGGUUACCCUAGAAGACCAAAUUGUACAGACUAACCCCGUGCUGGAAGCUUUCGGUAAUGCCAAGACCGUGCGUAACAACAACUCGUCUCGUUUCGGAAAAUUCAUUCGAAUUAUGUUUUCGAAUAAAGGACGUGUGGCAUCUUGCGAUAUCGAGCACUAUCUGCUGGAGAAGUCUCGUGUGAUUCGUCAAGCACCCGGUGAACGUUGUUACCACAUUUUCUAUCAGCUCUUCUCUGGACAUUUGCCAAAUCUGCUCAAGGACCUACAAUUGAACAAACCUGUAGGUGAAUACUAUUUCGUUGCUCAGGCUGAGUUGAAGAUUGAUGGAGUUAAUGAUAAGGCAAAGUUUGCUCUCACCGAUGAGGCCUUCGACAUCCUUAAAUUCACGCCAGAAGAAAAGAUGAAUUGCUAUAAACUAGUUUCCGCAAUGAUGCAUAUGGGUAACAUGAAAUUCAAACAGCGACCCCGUGAAGAGCAAGCUGAACAGGAUGAGACUGAGGAAGCUACACUUGCUGCUGAAAUGUACGGUGUCGAAAUGGAGGAGUUGGUGAAAGCUUUGUUGCGCCCUCGUGUCAAAGUCGGAAAUGAAUGGGUGAACAAAGGACAGAAUCUGGAACAAGUGAACUGGGCCAUCGGAGCCAUGGCUAAGGGUCUCUACUCUCGAAUCUUCAACUGGUUGGUGAAGAAAUGUAACCAAACUCUUGAUCAAAAGGGUAUCUCUCGUGACUUCUUCAUCGGUGUGCUCGACAUUGCCGGUUUCGAAAUUUUUGAUUUCAACUCAUUCGAACAACUAUGGAUUAACUUUGUAAACGAAAAGCUGCAACAGUUCUUCAACCACCAUAUGUUCGUCUUGGAGCAGGAAGAGUAUGCUCGCGAGGGUAUCGACUGGGUAUUCAUUGACUUCGGUCUCGAUUUGCAAGCAUGUAUCGAGCUGAUUGAAAAGCCUCUUGGUAUCCUGUCAAUGCUGGAUGAAGAGUGUAUUGUGCCAAAGGCUACCGAUUUGACUUUGGCCCAGAAGCUCGUUGAGCAACAUUUGGGCAAACAUCCGAACUUUGAAAAGCCCAAGCCGCCAAAGGGCAAGCAGUCCGAAGCUCACUUUGCCAUGAAACACUACGCCGGAACUGUGCGGUACAAUGUGUCGAACUGGCUGGAGAAGAACAAGGACCCUCUGAACGACACCGUCGUACAGGUGAUGAAGAACUCGAAGAAGAACGCGUUGCUGGUCGAGGUCUGGCAGGACUACACCACCCAGGAGGAGGCCGCUGCAGACACGAAAGGAGGGAAAAAGAAGGGCAAGUCCGGAUCGUUCAUGACGGUUUCGAUGUUAUAUCGUGAAUCGCUGAACAAUCUGAUGACUAUGCUUAACAAAACACAUCCGCACUUCAUUCGUUGCAUCAUCCCGAACGAGAAAAAAGCAUCAGGAAUCAUCGAUGCUGGACUAGUACUGAACCAGUUGACUUGCAAUGGUGUGCUUGAGGGUAUCCGUAUUUGCCGUAAAGGUUUCCCUAACCGAACCCUGCAUCCGGACUUCGUGCAACGUUAUGCCAUCCUGGCGGCCGACGAAGCUCUUAGAGGCAAAGCAGACCCCAAGAAUGGAGCCACAGAGAUGUUGGCUCGUCUAGUGAAAGAGAAUAAACUUCAAGAUGACAAUUUCCGAGUUGGCCUCACCAAAGUUUUCUUCAAGGCUGGUAUCGUUGCCCAUCUUGAAGAUCUACGUGAUGUCCGUCUAGCUGAACUUAUCACCGGAUUCCAAGCUCAGAUUAGAUGGUACUACCGUUUGAUCGACAAAAAGCAACGUAUCGAAAGAAAUGAAGCCAUGAAACUUGUGCAGAAAAAUGUUCGCCAUUGGGCUAUGCUACGUACAUGGUCAUGGUUCAAACUUUAUGGCAGAGUCAAGCCACUUAUCCAAUCGGGUAAGAUCGAGGAACAGUAUGAAAAGCUGCAGGAGACCGUAGCACAGAUGAAGGAAGCAUUGGCACAACAGGAGGAGAUGUCCAACCAGAUUGCCGAAAAGGCGGAGAGCGUCCAGAAGGAGAUUUCUGAACUAUUGUCACAGCUUGAGGCUACUCGUGGAAGCAAUACGGAAAUUGAAGAGCGCAUGUUGAUGAUGAACGAACAGAAUUCUACACUUGAGGCGAAGGUAACUGAAACCAAGGCUCGUCUUGAAGCUGAAGAAGCUACCGCUGCCGAGCUUCUGAAGGAAAAGAAACGUAUCGAGGCCGAAGCUGCUGAACUCAAGAAAAGCUGCCAGGAUGUCGAGUUGACAUUGCGCAAAAGCGAAGCCGAAAAGCAGGCUAAGGAACAUCAGAUCCAUACUCUACAAGAUGAAAUGCAUCAGCAGGAUGAGAGCAUCUCCAAGCUGCAUAAGGAACGCAAGAAUCAAGAAGAAAUGAAUAAGAAAUUGACCGAAGAGUUCCAUGCAGCCGAGGAAGCAAACAUGGCCUCAAACAAAUUAAAGGCUAAACUCAUGCAAACUAUGGAAGAAUCUGAAGCCACUCUUGAACGCGAGAAGCGAAACCGAGCCGAUAUGGACAAGGCGAGAAGAAAGGCUGAAGGUGAUUUGAAGAUCGCUCAAGAAGAAAUGGACGAGUUAACGAAAGCCAGAAGCGAUGUGGAGAACAGUCUGCGGCGCAAGGAGACCGAGCUUCACAACCUUGGCAUCAAGCUCGAAGAUGAAUCGGCUGCUGUGGCCAAGCUACAGAAAGCAGUACAGCAGGACGAGGCUAAAGUGAAGGAUUUGAGCGAUCAAUUGGCUGACGAAAAGGAAGCUCGUGACCGUGCUGACAGAGCUCGCUCGGAACAGCAAGCCGAAUACGAUGAGCUCAGUGAAACAUUGGAUGAUCAUGCUCGCGCCACCGCUGCUGAGAUUGAGCUCGGAAAGAAAAAAGAUACCGAAAUCGCCAAACUCCGUCGUGACCUCGAAGAAGCCGGUUUGAAAUUCGGCGAACAACUUACCGCCCUAAAGAAGAAGGGGGCUGACGCUGUGCAAGAACUCUCUGAACAGAUUGAGCAGCUCCAAAAAGCCAAGGCCAGAGCUGAAAAAGAGAAGGCCCAAAUGCAGCGCGAAUUCGACGAGGCUUCCACUGCCCUCGACCAUGAGGCCAAGGCUCGCAUUGAGCAAGAACGUAUCGCCAAACAGCACGAGGUUAUGCUUCUGGAGCUCCGUCUCAAAGCUGACGAACAGUCACGCCAACUGCAAGACUUCGUCUCGGCCAAGGGACGUCUCAACUCCGAGAAUGGCGAUCUUGUUCGCCAAGUCGAAGAGCUUGAGGGUAAAAUCCAAGCGGCCACGAGGCUGAAGAUUCAGUUCUCCAACGAACUUGACCAAACUCGACGCACUGCCGAGGAGGAAGGCCGUGAGCGACAAAAUCUCAACAACCUAUCGAAGAAUCUUACUCGCGAGCUCGAACAGCUUCGUGAGUCCAUCGAGGAUGAAGUGGCCGGGAAAGCCGAGUCUACUCGCCAGCUGCAGAAGGCACAAACGGAAUUGGAUCAGUGGAGAACCAAGUUCGAAACGGAGGGUCUCAUCGGCGCUGACGAGUUCGACGAGGUGAAGAAGCGACAGAAUGCUAAAACCAGCGAUCUUCAGGAUGCGCUUGAUGCAGCGCAUGCCAGAAUCGUAGCUCUGGAGAAUGCACGCAGCCGUUUGACCGCUGAAGCCGAUACCAACCGACUCGAAGCCGAACACCAUGCUCAGGUUGUUUCCUCGUUGGAGAAGAAGCAGAAGGCGUUCGAUAAGGUUAUUGAUGAAUGGAAGAAGAAGGUUGACGACCUUUACGUUGAACUGGAUAAUGCCCAGCGCGAGUCGCGUCAGCUCUCGAGUGAAGCACACAAGCUUCGCGGACACCAUGAUGCCCUUGUCGAUCAAGCUGAAGGACUGAAGAGAGAGAAUACAGCUCUUGCUGCUGAGGCCAAAGAUCUAACGGAAUCACUGGGAGAAGGUGGACGUGCGGCUCACGCUUUGUCAAAGAACCUGCGUCGCUUGGAAAUGGAAAAGGAAGAAUUGCAAAGAGGCCUGGAUGAGGCAGAGGCAGCCCUGGAAGCUGAAGAAAGCAAAUCGCUCCGAUGCCAGAUUGAAGUCACCCAGAUCCGAGCCGAAAUCGAGAAGCGCAUAGCUGAAAAAGAGGAAGAAUUCGAAAACUCGCGUAAAGUUCACCAACAAACCAUCGACAGCAUCCAAGCCACACUGGAAUCCGAAACUAAGGCCAAGGCAGAUUUGUUCCGUGUGAAGAAGAAGCUCGAAGCUGACAUCAACGAGCUCGAGAUUGCCUACGACCAUGCAAAUCGCGCUAAUGAAGAUGCACAGAAGAAUAUCAGACGUUACAUGGAUCAGACGAGAGAACUCCAGCAGACCAUCGACGAGGAACAGAAAAGACGGGAGGAAUUCAGAGAACUACUUCUGGCUUCGGAACGAAAAUUGGCAGCUGCUAAACAAGAACAAGAGGAAUGUGUUGUGAGACUUGAGUCUAUUGACCGUGCACGUUAUACUAUCGGACAAACCGUCAAGGAACUCCAGGAGCAAAACACUGAACUUAACUCUCAGAAUGUAGCUCUCGCUUCAGCGAAGAGCCAGCUUGACAACGAGAUUCAACUUCUACAGGGCGACAUUGCUGAGACCCAAAUGGAGUUGAAUGCUUCGGAAGAACGCGCAAGACGUGCCGCUGCUGAUGCUGCUAAGGUUGCGGAAGAGCUUCGUAUAGCACAAGAACGUUCGCUUCAGUUGGAAAGAGCCAAGAAACAACUCGAGAGUCAAGUGAAGGACAUGCAAGAACGCGCAGAUACUGCCGAGUCAGCCGUAAUGAAAGGCGGCGCUAAGGCCAUCCAAAAAGCUGAGGCUCGACUGAAGACUCUCCAGGCCAAUCUCGAAGCUGAAACUCGUCGUGCCACCGAAGCCUCCAAGUCUUUGGCAAGAGCUGACCGUAGGGUUCGAGAACUUGAAUUCCAGGUUGCCGAAGAUAAGAAAAACUACGAUAAGCUGCAAGAGUUAGUGGAGAAAUUGUCAGGAAAACUAAAAACGCAAAAGAAGCAGCUUGAGGAUGCGGAGGAACAAGCAAAUGGUCAUCUAGCAAAAUACCGUACCAUACAAAUGGCGCUGGAAUCAGCUGAAGAACGUGCUGAUAGCGCUGAACAGACUCUCGUACGGAUUCGAUCGCGCAGUCGCGUGGUGCCGGAACAGAAGCAGAGAGCUGAAUAAAAAGAAUCAACUACCGUUUAGUCGUUGCUGCUAAAGGGAUAGCAUUAUCUUUUAGUUUAUUGCGUUCAUUAAUAAAUCUGCGAAAGAAUGUUGUUUGAGUAUUUUAGAAUAAAGGAG